GUGAGGCUGAGUGUCAGCGUCAGUUUGUAAUUGUAAUAGAGAGUUCCAUAAGAACUUCCGCUAAAUUGCCCUUUUCUUCAAUUUUAUUUAUUUUUGCUUUGCUUUUCCCGACUCCCAAAAGGCGGAGUAAUAGUUCAGACUUCAGAGUUACGUGCGUUUUUUUAAUUCUGCCUCGGCUUCAAUGGCCGCACCUUCGCUCUUCAGAUCUGCACCCGCCGCUUCUUUCGUCUCCUCCUCACCUCAUCACUCUACGGCUUCGUUCGUUAAUCUGAAUUCUUCCAAGUUUCAAUCGAGCAUUUUCGGUGCCCAUGUUUCAAGCGGAUCAUCAUCUUCCUUGCAGCUUAGCAGAGCCCAGAAUAUCCAACCUAUUAAAGCUACAGCUACCGAAAUACCUCCGGCGGUUCAGAAAUCAAGGAGCAGCGGAAAGACGAAGGUUGGAAUCAAUGGUUUUGGACGUAUUGGAAGGUUGGUAUUACGGAUUGCAACCUCGAGGGAUGAUAUUGAUGUAGUUGCAGUUAAUGACCCUUUUGUUGAUGCAAAGUACAUGGCUUACAUGUUCAAGUUUGAUUCUACACAUGGCAAUUUUAAGGGCACGAUUGACAUUGUGGAUGACUCCACUUUGAAAAUCAAUGGGAAACAAAUAAAAAUUUUAAGUAAAAGGGAUCCGGCAGAUAUUCCUUGGGGUGAUUUUGGGGCCGAGUUUGUUGUUGAGUCCUCUGGGGUUUUCACUACGACAAAUAAGGCAUCAGCACACAUGAAGGGUGGAGCCAGGAAAGUUGUCAUAUCAGCUCCAUCAGCUGAUGCACCUAUGUUCGUUGUUGGAGUUAAUGAGAAGUCAUAUGAUCCAAGCAUGGAUAUCGUUUCCAAUGCAAGUUGUACCACGAACUGCCUUGCACCACUUGCCAAGGUGGUUCAUGAGGUUUUCGGUAUCGCAGAAGGUUUGAUGACAACUGUGCAUGCAACUACAGCUACUCAAAAGACUGUUGAUGGUCCCUCAAUGAAGGAUUGGCGUGGGGGUCGUGGAGCUGGACAAAAUAUCAUCCCGAGUUCUACCGGAGCUGCAAAGGCUGUGGGAAAAGUUCUUCCUGAGCUCAACGGAAAACUUACUGGAAUGGCAUUUCGUGUUCCAACAGCUAAUGUAUCUGUUGUGGACUUGACUUGUAGGCUAGAGAAGAGUGCUUCUUAUGAAGAUGUCAAAGCUGCAGUCAAGUAUGCCUCAGAAGGUCCACUCAAGGGUAUUCUUGGUUACACAGACGAGGAUGUCGUCUCCAAUGAUUUCAUCGGUGAUUCAAGGUCAAGUAUAUUCGAUGCAAAGGCUGGAAUAGGUCUUAGCGACUCCUUCAUGAAGCUCGUCUCCUGGUACGACAACGAGUGGGGAUACAGCAACCGAGUGCUGGACCUCAUAGAGCACAUGUCGUUGGUGGCAGCCAACAAGUGAGUACUAUACUACCACAGGUUUAGACUACUGCCAUGUUUAAGAAUUUUGUGGAACAUCACAAAUUGUCAAGGGUCUCUUCAUCCCUCUCCUUUUCUUUUCUUCAUGUUCUGUUCUUCACCAUUUGAAGUUUGGAAAUUAUGAGCCACAACAAAACAUAUUCCAGAUUGUUGCAAUAAAACACAUCACCUUACCUUACGCUAAA